CCAACCCCGAAUCCCCCAACGAGCCCUGUGCAUCCGCAUCCCCCCACAGAGCCCCCCAACCCCGAAUCCCCCAACGAGCCCUGUGCAUCCGCAUCCCCCCACGGAGCCCCCCCAACCCCGAAUCCCCCAACGAGCCCUGUGCAUCCGCAUCCCCCACAGAGCCCCCCAACCCCGAAUCCCCCAACGAGCCCUAGCCCCCCAACCCCGAAUCCCCCAACGAGCCCUGUGCAUCCGCAUCCCCCCACAGAGCCCCCAACCCCGAAUCCCCCAACGAGCCCUGUCCCCCCAACCCCGAAUCCCCCAACGAGCCCUGUGCAUCCGCAUCCCCCAACGGAGCCCCCAACCCCGAAUCCCCCAACGAGCCCUGUGCAUCCACAUCCCCCCACAGAGCCCCCAACCCCGAAUCCCCCAACGAGCCCUAGCCCCCCAACCCCGAAUCCCCCAACGAGCCCUAGCCCCCCA